GGCCACUGGGCCACCAAUAACUUUCGAGUUUUAUUGUCUUCUCUCUAGAUCUCGACCUCACUCCACGUGACCCUCAGGUUCAAGAUCUCGUUUUUAUCAUUCGUGACUCCUAAAACUUCACUCUUUACACUCCCCUCCUAACACCCAUUCCCAUCCACAUCCAUGCCUCCACCACACUCCGUCGCACUCUCAGCCCUGAUCCUCCUAACACUCUACUCAGCUACCACCGCCGCCCACUCAUGUUUCCCAAAACCAUCGUCCUCCUCCACAUUUUCCUGUCCACCAUUCACUUCGCCGCCGCCGUUCCCCUUCUCUUCUUCACCAGGCUGCGGCCACCCUUCUUUCCAAAUCCAAUGCUCUGCCCCCCACUCCACCAUCUCCAUCAAUAACCUCACUUUCUCUCUCAUCAGCUACGAUGCCAACGCCUCUUCACUCCUUCUCUCUCCCCACACCACCAACUUAACUGCCACAAAUUGCUCAUCCUCUCACUAUUCUUCCAUCCCCAGCCGAUCCAUCAACAUCUCCGCCUCCCCAUUUCGAAUAUCCGACGGCUCCUGCUCCCGCCUCUCAGUUCUCAAGCCUUGUUCCCCGCCGAAUCUUCCCAACUGCAGCCACUGCCCUUGGGAAUGCAAGCUCAUCAAAGACCCACUCAAGCUUCUCCACGACUGCGGAUCUCCGCACCCCCCUGUCACCCACCAGGGCUGCCACGCCGACGUUUUGAGCUUUCUCGACGAUUUUCUCAAAAUUGGGAUCGAGCUGGAGUGGGACGAAGCUCAGGACUCUUACUUUUCCAGAUGCAGAGCUUGCAAGUCCAACAAUGGCUUCUGCGGCUUUAACUCCUCCGACCCAAAUAAGCAAUUCCUCUGUUUUCACGCCGAACCUCACCUUACGCCGCCAUUGAUCAGCAAAGACAACCCGAAUCGAAUCGCCAUCUUGUCCUCUGUGUUCACAUUAACUUGCUUCCUACUCGUCGCCUCUGUUAUCAUAGCCGUCUUCAGGUCCAAAAGAUUAAGCUCGGCCGCAACAGAGGAAGACCCAACAACUCUGUUCCUCCACCGCCACCGCCCCGCCAACCUCCUCCCGCCAGUUUUCACAUACGAAGAGCUCGAAUCCUCAACAAACCACUUCGACCCGAAACGCAAAAUCGGGGACGGCGGGUUCGGGUCUGUCUAUCUGGGUCAGCUCUACGAUGGCAGAGUUGUUGCCGUAAAAUACCUCCACAAACCCAUCCGCGGCGCCACCGCAUCCGGGAAAGCCUUCUCCAACAAAUGCUUCUGCAACGAAAUCCUAAUCCUCUCCUCCAUUGACCACCCAAAUUUAGUCAAACUCCACGGCUACUGCAGCGACCCGAGAGGCCUCCUUCUAGUCUACGACUACGUUCCCAACGGCACCCUCGCCGACCAUCUCCACGGCCCCAAGAGCCUCCAUCGGAAUGGGUCGAUGACGUGGCAGGUGAGGGUCGACAUUGCUCUGCAAACGGCCAUGGUUAUGGAGUACCUGCACUUCUCGGUGGUGCCGCCGGUGGUCCAUAGAGACAUAACGUCGUCGAAUAUCUUCAUCGAGAAAGAUAUGCGGGUUAAAGUCGGGGACUUUGGGCUUUCCAGGCUGUUGGUAUUCCCCGAAACGACGUCGUCCAGCUCCGGGUACGUUUGGACCGGUCCGCAGGGGACGCCCGGUUACUUGGACCCGGAUUACCACCGGUCGUUCAGGCUGACCGACAAGAGUGACGUGUACAGUUUCGGUGUCGUUUUACUGGAGCUGAUUUCGGGGCUGAAGGCGGUGGACCAGCGGAGGGACAAGCGGGAGCUGGCGCUGGCGGAUUUGGUGGUGUCGAAAAUCCAGAUGGGCCUGCUCCACCAGGUAGUAGACCCGGUUCUGGUCGUCGACGGUGACGUAUCCGACGGCGUGGAUGCGGCGGCUGAGCUGGCGUUCAGGUGCGUUGCGGCGGAUAAGGACGACAGGCCGGACGCCAAGGAAGUGGUGGAGGAGCUGAAGCGGAUCAGAAGCCGCACUCGUGGGGUGUCCCGGGUUUCGAGUUCGAAUGUGAUUGGCGACGACGUGACAAAGGGAUGAUCACAGACGGUGGGGCCCGUGGGGGGAGGGAGUGGGGUCUGGUGUGCAUGUGCGGGGUUUGACUGAUAAGUGAAAGAGUGAGGGAGGGGGAAGUCAGAGAUGGCGGUGGUGGAACGAAUGUGAAUAGAUUUGCGUUUGGUUAACUUUGGAUCUCCCCUGUGCUUUUCCCCUGCUUCUGGUUUUUUUCUCUUCUCUCUCUCUCUCUCGUCUCCUUCCAAAUCAAAUUUCGGCAUCUGCUAAUUUAUCAGUUCCAAUUCGAUCGACGAUCAUGUCCUUCAUUGCUUCGGUGUGUGUCAUAUAUCGAAGCAUUGUAAAUAAAUGUGGUUUCUAAAUUUCCAAUUUUGGUGGGAAUAGUUGCUCAGCUAAUUUGUGUGGAGAAUAUUAGCUAUCUCGGUACUAGAUACCCCCCAAGUUAAGGGGACAAGAGAGGCGGACAUGUUCAAGUUAGGUAUGCCAUGCCACCUUUAAAACGUAUGGACCUGUGAGUGUCCAAGUCGUACUCAAAUACAUUGGAGCCUGUCCCUGUGAGAAUGCGUAACCAUCAAGCUGAUUAGGCUGUUCUACACACGUUUCUCCGUUCUCCCAGUUGUAAACACAGAAUUGCGAAAAGAAAGAAACAUCAACCGGCUGUUUCCAAGGUAGGAAAUUAGGUUCUUCUUUUAUUUGAAACCAAAAGUACAUAUUUGUUCAUGUUCCACGAGUAUCCCAUGUAGAUAAUACAUUUGAAGUUAUGUAAUGUGUAAAGAUAAUA